CUUUCCGUCUCAUCUGGGGGAGCAAAGCGCGGAGGAGCGGCUCUGAUCUCAUUACCUCCUGCUCGGAGCGCAGGGCAGAGCGCACCGCAAGCGGACAGUGUUCGUGCCACUGCUCCCUUCUCCCUGCAGGAUGCAACCCGGAAUUAGCCGCAAGGGAUCCCCGGAGCGAGUGGACAGACCCGCAGGAGGGAGCCGGCAGAGGAGGAGGAUGAGGAUGAUGAUGAUGAUGAUGGAGAGCGGGGCGACACGCAGUGGGAGCCGCGGUCUGCCUCUCUUUUUCCUGCUGCUUCUCAGCAGCUGCUGCCACAUGUUGCACUGCCAAGAAGUGGCGCCCUACCUGCGAGGGGGUGGAGCGGGGCAGCAGGUGGUGUUGGAGGGGAACCGGCUGGUGCUGACCUGCCUGGCUGGAGGCAGCUGGCCCCUGCAGUACCGCUGGACUCUCAACAACAGCAACGUCACAGACUGGACGCCGCAGUACAGGUUAUUUUUGCCUUCUCUGAAGAGAACUGAUGCUGGCCAGUAUCAGUGUAUGGCGAGGAACAGGAUGGGAGCGGUGAUACACAGGAGGACGGAGGUGCAGGUGGCCUUUUUGGGGAAUUUCACAGGAGAGGAGCAGAGAAAAACGGUUACUCAGGGCCGAGCGGCCGUCAUCAUCCCGCCGUCUCUGGCAUCCUUUCCCCGUCCGGUGGUCACGUGGUACAAAGACGGGCAGAAAAUCAUCCCCAACAGUCGAAUAGCAAUCACUUUGGACAAUCAGCUGGUCGUCUUGGCAACCACGGCGACGGAUGCGGGCCGCUACCAGGUGGAGGCGGUGAACGAGAUGACGGGAGAGAACGUGACGAGUCCUGCCGUCUACCUGAGUGUCUCAGUCGGCAAGAAAAACCGUGGGUCAACAGAUCCGGAGUCAGAGCAAGUAGCUCCAGCAAUCGUGAUUGGACCCAAAGACACAACAGUGGUGACAGGGAGCGAGGCCACACUGGAGUGCAUUGCAAAUGCCAGACCGGUGGACGGCCUGGUGGUGUCGUGGAAACGUGAUGGGCGUCGGCUGGCCAGUGGGCGUCGGCUCGUCAUUACCACCCCAUCCUCCUCGGACUCCGGGUUGUAUGUUUGUGAAGCGUCGCUUAGCAACAGCACCGCCAAAUCAGUGGAGGCGAGGGCGCACCUCACUGUCAUAGAACCACCCACUCUGACUGCGCAGCCCAAAAGGAAGAUCUCAGCCGACCUCGACAGGAAUGUGGAUAUCCCCUGUCUGGCUACAGGGGUCCCUCAGCCGAGGAUAGAGUGGUACAAGGAUGCCGUGCCCAUUUCCAAACUGGCUAACCCUCGCUACAAGGUCAACGCGGCAGCUGGGCUGACUGUGCGCCGGGUGCAGCCGGGGGAUGGAGGAAUAUUCCAGUGUUUCGCUCGCAACGCCGCAGGAGAGGCCCAGGCGCACGCACAGCUGCUCGUCUCCAGUGUGGCCCCCACGUUUACAUCUCCCCCGUCUGACCAAACGGUGACUGAUGGCAACACAGCCGUGUUUACCUGCCAGACGAGCGGCGCUCCGAAGCCCGCCAUCACCUGGAGGAAAGGAUCGCAGGUCUUAGCCAGCGGCUCCGUCCAGGUUCCCAGGUUCACACUGCUGCAGUCUGGCGGUCUGCAGAUUCAGCCCGUCAGCUCCCAGGAUUCGGGAGAGUACACCUGCAUCGCCUCCAACUCGGAGGGAACCAUCAACUCCACCGCCACGCUCACCGUCUGGAACCGAACAGUGAUUUCUGUUCCACCGACAGACCAGCGUGUUAUCAAAGGAACCACCGCUGUUCUGGACUGUAACGCCACCAACGACCCCAGGAUCGAUAUCAGGUUCAUGUGGGACCGAGGCGGCGUGCCGGUGCUUCCCACCAGCGGAGGCCGCAUCUCCCUGCGAGAGGGAUCCCUCACCAUCGGCCAGACGUGGUCCGGGGACAUCGGGGACUACACCUGUACCGUGACGUCGAAAGCUGGCAACGAUUCCCGCUCCGCACGUCUGGAAGUCAUUGAGUUGCCACACUCUCCUCGCUCCCUGACGGCUCGCCUCAACGACUCCGACUCCCGCUCCGUCCUGCUGUCCUGGCUGCGCCCCUUCGAUGGGAACUCCCCGCUUCUCCACUACCUGCUGGAGCUCUCUGAGAACAACUCUCCAUGGAAGGUCUACCUAUCAGAGGUCGAUCCCGCGGUGACCGAGGUAUCGGUGGGCGGGCUCACGCCUGCCAGAACCUACCAGUUCAGACUCUGCGCCGUCAAUCAAGUGGGCAGGGGUCAGUACAGUGCCGAGACGCAGAGGUUGAUGCUGAGGGAGGAGGCGCCCAGUGCUCCUCCAAAGAAUAUUGUAGCCAGCGGGCGAACGAACCAGUCCAUCAUGGUGCAGUGGCAGCCUCCACCAGAGCCCCAGCUGAAUGGAGUCCUUCGGGGAUACGUGCUCAGGUACCGUCUGGCAGGGCUGCCAGGGGACUACCAGGAAAAGAAUAUCAGCAGCCCAGAGACCAACUACUGUCUGCUGAAAGAUCUGAUCAUCUGGACGCAGUACCAGAUCCAGGUGGCUGCCUACACGGGGGCAGGCCUGGGUGUCUACAGCAGUCCUGUUACUGAGUACACACUGCAGGGAGUUCCCACGGCUCCUCCACAGGAAGUGCAAAUUGUAGCUCUCAACUCGACCACGAUCCGCUUCACGUGGAACCCUCCACCUCAGCAGUUCAUUAACGGCAUCAACCAGGGAUACAAGCUGCUGGUCUGGCCUGAGCAGUCUCCAGAAGAUGUUAUUGUGGUCACCAUCACCCCGGAGUAUCCCGGCUCACGCCACACCGGCCUGGUCAGCGGGCUCAAGAAAUUCACCUGGUACUUUGGCUCCGCCCUCUGCUUCACGACCCCCGGAGACGGCCCCCGCAGCCCCCCCACCUUGCUGCAGACGCACGAGGACACACCUGGACCUGUCCGCCACCUGAGCUUCACUGAAAUCCUGGACACGUCUGUCAGAGUCAGCUGGGCAGAGCCUGAAGACAAGAACGGCAUCAUCAUCGGCUACGCACUGUGGUGGGAAGUGUCCGGCAUGGAGUCCAGUCGUGAGGAACGUUCCCUGUCCAACUCCACCCUGCAGUACCAGCUGACCGGCCUCACCUCCACCACCGCGUACACACUACAGGUGGCCGCGCUCACCGCCGCGGGGCGGGGCGUCGCCACAUCCUCCACCAUCUCCACGGGAGUCCCUCCAGAACUUCCCGGUGCUCCUUCUAAUUUAGUCAUCUCCAACAUCAGCCCUCGGACUGCAACACUGAGGUUUCGCCCCGGUCCCGAUGGCAAGACCGCCAUAUCGCGGUGGAUAGUGGAAGGACAGGUGGUGAAGGAGGACACAAAGGUGGGGCCGUGGAGGACUGUCUUCCAAAAGGACAAUGAACCGAAAGCAGACACGCUGGAAAUCCCCGACCUCUCCCCGUUCACGAAGUACAGGUUCAGGAUCCAGCAGGUGAACAUCGUCGGUGCCAGCCCCAUGAGCGCCCCCUCUCGGCUGAUUCAAACCUUGCAGGCUGCACCCGACAAACACCCUUCCAACCUCAGCCUCCUGUCUGCCACGCAGACCAGCCUGCGUUUAAGCUGGAAGCCUCUGUCGGAGUCUGAGUAUAACAGCAGCCCGGAGACAGUGGGCUACAGACUGCGUGUUUGGAGGACGGACGGCCAGGGGGAGGACAGGACUGAGGAUGUGCAGGGAACAGGAGGCACCGCGGAGGCCGUAGUUGAGGGUCUGAAUCCCUGGACCCAAUACCAGGUUCAGAUACAAGUCUUCAACUCGAUCGGGGCAGGACCGUGGAGCGACACCAUCGCGGCACGCACCACCGAGUCUGUUCCAUCGGGAUCUCCGAUGAACGUGACUGCUGAGGCAGUGAGCUCCUCCAAGAUCCUGCUCUCGUGGUCCGCCGUUCCCCAGGCGCAAAGAAACGGCGUCAUUCUGGGAUACAAGGUGUUGUACAGCCAGAAAGACUCAGAAGGUCCCCCCAGUGUUCAGGUGGCAGAAGGCGAGGGGAGCGUGUCGCUGCUCCUCGGGGUCCUCCAAAAAUACACCGUGUACGUGCUGCAGGUGCUGGCGUACACGCGGCUGGGCGACGGCCCCCCCAGCAACCCCAUCCUGCUCAGAACCAAAGAAGAUGUCCCAGGCCCCGUUGUCAGGAUGGUGUUUCCAGAAGUACGACUGUCAUCAGUUAGGGUGGUUUGGCAGCCGCCCACGUUUCCCAACGGCAUCAUAUUAGGCUACCAGAUCUCCUACCGCCUCGACAGCAGGGACCCUCAGCGUUGGACCACGGUGGAGGUGGGCUCCAACGCUCGCCAGUUCACCGUCACAGGACUCUCCUCGGAGCAGAGCUACGUGUUCCGACUCACCGCCCGCACCGCCGUGGGCUGGGGGGAGGAGCAAGAAGCCCUGGUUGUUACCACCGAACGGAGAGAGCGUCCCCAGCCGCCCAGGAAGUUGUCCGUUCCUCAGGACGAGGUCGAAUCCCGCCGCCUUCGCUUGCACUGGGUGACCGGCAGCUCGGGCUCCUCGCCCCUCAGAUACUUCACACUGCAGGUCAAGGAGCUGCCGAGCGGGGACUGGAGCAUACACAGCGCAGACAUCCCACACAAUGUGACCUCCUGGACUGCUGACAGGCUAAAGCCCUUCACAUCCUACAAGUUUCGGAUGUUGGCCACCAACGACGUAGGAGACAGUGUCCUCAGCAAAGAGACGGAGGCGGCUACAACUCUGCAAGAUGUGCCAGACGAGCCUCCAGUGAUUCUGACUGUAAAGCCGACAACAACUACCUCAGUGCUGGUGCAGUGGAAGCGUCCCAGCGAUGAAAGCAUAAACGGGGUUCUGACCGGCUACAGGCUGUAUUACAAAGAGCUCCACGCCAACGCUUCGGCCAAAUCAGAAGUCCAGACAACCAAAAGCAACACCACAAGUGCCCUCAUUACAAGCAAGAGCACCUUCAAGACAGUCAGCAGUGCCUCGCUCACAGAGUUCGAGCUGACACAGCUGAAGAAAUUCAAACGCUACCAGAUUGUCAUGACAAGCUACAACAUCGUCGGAGAGAGCCCGCCCUCCGCGCCCGUGGAAGUGUCGGUCGGUGAAGCAGCUCCAUCCGUGGCCCCUCAGUCUAUCAGAGUGUCGUCCGUGUCCCCCUCCUCCCUGGAAGUGACCUGGGACACACCACCCCUCGAGACCCAGAAUGGACUCAUCCAAGGAUACAAGAUCCACUACUGGGAGCGAGACAAGCAGAACCAGACUGAGAAGGUGAAGGUGAUCUUUGUCCCGGACACCCGGGUGGUCCUCGUGAACCUGACCAGCUACACGUCUUACCUGGUCACCCUGACCGCCUUCAACAUGGCCGGGGACGGGCCGCCCAGCGACCCGCGCGGCGCUCGCACCCAGCAGUCAGCUCCCAGCCAGCCGGGCUUCCUGUCCUUCUCCGAGGUGACGGGAGCGAGCGUCAACGUGUCCUGGGGAGCGCCGCUGACUCCUAACGGACAGCUGGAAGGCUACCGAGUCACCUACCAGCCGACCGCUCCCGUCCAAGGGGUGAGCAAAGUGGUGACGGUGGAUGUGAAAGGCAGCUGGCAGCGCUGGCUGAAAGUUCGAGACCUGAUCAAAGGAGCGACGUACGCCUUCAGUGUUCAGGCUCUCACAGUCGGCUAUGGGCCUCCGAUCCAGGCGAACAUCACUGCUCAGCCUGUGAAAGGCUCUCCUGGCUCGCCCAUGGAGAUGUCCAUCUCCAAGACGUCCUCCGCCCUCAACAUCCACUGGUCAGAGGGAGACGUCGGAGCGGCCCCUGUGACCGGCUACGUGAUCGAGGCUCGUCCCUCAGAUGAGGGAGUGUGGGACUCGUUCAUCCGGGUCCUCCCUCCCAGCAGCAGGUCCGUGUCGGUGCCGCUGGAGCGCCUCAGGUCGGGGAUCAGCUACGAGUUCAGAGUCAUCGCGGUUAAUCGCUUCGGAUACGGCCAGCCGAGUACGCCCUCUGCCGCUCUGGCCGCGCUGACCGACCGUCCGUUCUACGAGGAGUGGUGGUUCCUGCUGGUGAUGGCUCUGGUGGGACUCAUCCUCAUCCUGGUCCUGGUCUUCACUCUGCUCCUGCAUGGACACAGCAGCAAGUACAAGGCCUGCGGCACAGGGAAGCACAUGUCCACGGCGGAGGAAUCGGUGACGCUGGACAACGGAGGCUUCACGGCUCUGGAGCUCAACAGCAGGACGCUCAACACCAAGAACUCCUUCCUGAAGAAGAACGGGACCAGGUCUCCUCCCAGGCCGAGCCCGGGAGUCCUGCACUACUCCGACGAGGACAUCUGCAACAACUACAAUGGAGCCGUGCUCACUGAGAGCACCACGCUGACGGAGAAACCCACUGAGGUCUCUGACUCUGAGUUGACGGACAGCGACUACGAGGACGAGCAGCCGAAGCACUCCUUCGUCAACCACUACAUGAGCGACCCCACCUACUACAACUCCUGGAAGCGGCAGCCCAAAGGCCUCAAGGGCGUCGGCGCCAACUUCGGCUACGAGGAGUGCGCCACCGCCGACACCGAGCCGUACUACCAGACCGUGGUCACCCAGCACAGCACAGGCGGCGCCUACACGCCCACGGGGCAGCCGGCGCACACGCACGUCAACCCCAACACCAACCCACCGGGGUCACGCACCCCCGUGACGGGGUUCUCCUCCUUCGUCUGACUCUAGAGACCAAAUCUGCACAAAGUUAUACACACACAUACACACACACACUCAAACAUAAGGAAAAGAAGCAGGGCGGGGGUGGGGGCGGCGGUGUGUGUUCGGAAGACGGAGCAGAGGAGGAGAGAGAGGACGAGACGAGGAGAUGAAAAAAAAAAAAACUUUAAUGCCCCAAAGAACUCAACUCACACUUGUCACUCGCCUUCUCCCCCCUCGUUCACGAAGACCCCCGCGCCGACAAGCGUGUGUGUGUGUGUCGCUCUUGUACGCUGUUACGCCUCUGUGUCACUGUGCUCGCACACGGUUUUCAUCCUACACACACACACACACACUGACAGCAGCAUACUACCAGAUAAUCACACGUAUUCCAGAGACUCUCCGACGAGAGCGCAGAGUCAGUUCGACGUGGAGCUGCUGGACCCUGGAAUCUCUGCACAAAGCUUGUCCUCUCCUCUCUCCAUUUUACACACAAGUGCACAAUUACACACAUAUACACACACACACACACACACACAGUCUGUGAUGCACCAUUUCUGUGUCUCACACUGGGAGAAAGGAACUUCAAGGUUGAGGAGAGUUAUGAAAAAGCGGCCUCUGUUGACAGACUGGUUCGCGUACACAGAUGUGGAGCCGUCAGCUCUCAAAGACCGCCGCACAGAGGAGCGGGAAAAAAAUAAUCAAUAAUCACAGUUUUUCAACUGGAAGAGGAUGGAGGGAGAGCGUGGGCGGGGCUUCUUCAGCACUUAUGGCAUUCUCAGCAAGUUUUGUCUGGUUUCUGAGACCCACGUGGGGGGGGGAAAAAAAUAAUCAGAAAACUGUGUUUUUUUUACCGUCUACUGCCUGUUUGUCAGUCCUCCUCAUCCCGCAGCCUCCCCAAGCCAUACUGCUUGCACUGAGCCAAAAUCCCCACGCAUUUCAUCUUUUAAGUUUGUAUUCUGUUUUAUUUCUUUUUGUUUUGCGAGCGAGAGUGACGUGUGUGCACACAAUCACAGGUUUGGAGCCUGUUCAUCCGUCUCUGUAGGUCACCGCUAAGCAAAGUGUGCCAUGGUGUGUUUGUAUUUUCCAGAUGGAUUUUGUACAGGGAAACCCUUUUUACUUGUGUGCUGUCGUAUGUAGUUCGGCCAUGUUUGUGUGAUGGACUGGCGACGAGCGUCAGGAGGAGGGCGUCGUUCGGCGAGGAGCUUCAGAGCGGCGUCGGGGUCACACGGAAGGAUCAGACUGAGUGUGAUUGAACUUUGAAUCACGAAGCCCCGCCGGCCGAGCUCACACACUCCUUUUGGAGUGCAAACAAAAAAAAAAAAAAAAUCACCUGUAAGUUUUUUGCUCAUUUCUAAUUUAAGGCUUCCUCACGCACCCGGCCGGCCCGCAGCUGCCCUCGCC